AUGCCAAAAUCGCCAGAUAAAAUCGAAUCCCGAAUCCAGGAGGCCUUAAAAAAGGCUUCAUGUCAAAAAAAGCCAAAUAUCUCUGCGUUGGCGCGAGAAUUCGACGUGCCUCGCAAACGGCUUCACGAACGCUUCAAGGGUCGGCCACCAAGAACCGCCAAAAUCCCGCGCAAUAAGGUAUUAGAUGACCAGCAAGAGAAGGCAAUUAUUCGCUGGAUUCGACAGCUUGAUUCCCUACAUUCGCCGCCUACCCCAAAGAUGAUAGAGUGCUGUGCAAACCAGAUUUUGCAGAGGAAUGUGUUAUCUGUAUCCAAGCCGGCUCCGCGCGUAGGGGAAACCUGGGUAUAUCGGUUUAUUCAGCGCCUUCCUGACGACCUACAUCUUAUCAAACAGAAGCCAAUUGAGAAAGAUCGACUAGGGGCAGAAGAUAUUGGUAUUCUGACACAUUGGUUUGAUCUCUUGGAGCCAUAUAUAGCCCGGAUUCCACCAAAGAAUAUAUAUAACUUUGAUGAAACUGGCUUUCAAUUAGGGCAGGGGAAAUCUCAAAAAGUCGUCACUUCCAACCCUAUACGAGCCUCCCGAGGCAUUGCAACUAGCGAGACAAACGAAUCCUUGACAGCCAUUGAAUGUAUCGCGGCCGAUGCUUCCAAAGGAUAUACAACAGAUGAGAUUGCAAUGGAUUGGAUCAGGCACUUCCAUCAGCAUACAGAAAAGCGGGUUUCUAAGACUGAUGCAAGACUAUUGCUUAUGGACGGCCACGGAUCCCAUCUCACAUAUAAUUUUCUGAAUUAUUGUGAGAAAUACAACAUUAUACCCUUCUGUUUUGUGCCUCAUACAACCCAUCUUGUCCAGCCGCUUGAUGGUCAGCCCUUUCAGGCCUAUAAACACUAUUUUCGCAAGAAAAACAAUGAGAAUAUACAGUGGGGGAUAUCCACUAUGGACAAGGCCGACUUUCUUCGUGAUAUCCCUCAAAUUCGCCAGGAUACAUUCAAACAACGUACAAUCCGAGAUGCCUUUAGUGAUCGGGGGAUAUAUCCAUGGAAUCCUUCAAAAGUACUUGACAUUCUAGCCAACGCAAGGUCUCCAUCUCCGGUUCUAAAUAUACGCGAUAAAACACCAUCAAUUCAAUCUAUCUCAACCAAUUCUCCUCCCCAGACAGUUCGUACACUGCGACGGAGCAUUCAGAAGCUGGAUAAGUUUGUCAAUGAAAAUCCUAGCCUUGAUCAAAGCUUUACACGCCGUCUUGACCGAGUCUUUCAAAGUGCUAUACAAACAGCUGAAUUGACAGCCCAACUUCAAAGCGAUAUCUCUCAACAUCUAGAGCGUGCACGCGCUCCAAGCUCUCAGAGAUCUCGCAGAAGAAUCCCUACUAUAGGGCCAUUGACAGUUAAAGAUGCAAAUCGUCAGGUUGCUGAACGUGCUGAAGCUGAACGAAAGAAGAUUAUUUCCCGUGUCCGGAAACGCCAACCUUCAAAGCCAAUUCCCACCACUACACAACGGUCGGAUACUAUGUUGAGAAAAUUGAUGAAAUAUUCAAAAUUGGACGUUGUGGUCAAAAUGGACGUUACGGUGCAACGCACCAACACGGGACGAUGUUGGGGCGGGAGCACGGACCAUAAUUGGGCUGCGGGCGCCAAUUGCAAGGGACUGUUGGCAACCUGUCAGAAAGCAGGCACCCGUAAGGCAACCACAUACAUGUGCAGGAGAGAUUCUACAAGGCUGCUAAGUUCCAAGGCUUCUCAGUCUUCUGACAUCCCCUAUCUCGAGCCAGACGUCGAGCUUGCCAUAAGACCUCUCAAUAAUAAUAAUUCAAGCACCACAGACCUCUCGUCUGAACGGCCAGCCGAUGUCGAGGACAACUUUGUCUCGGUAUUUUUCAGCAGAGUUUACCUUCGCUAUCCUUUCAUGGAUAAAAUUUCGUUUUAUGAGGCCGACAACCAGCGACGGCUGUCAUCACAAGACGCGCAGCCAGAUAAAACAUACCUGUUUAUCAUUUAUAUGAUUCAGGCAAUUGAGCUCGGAUUCCCCAGCUUCAUCAAGACUUGUCUAGGGGUGCGAAUCCGGAGGCAUAUUGUCGGUGAUCAUGAGAUUGAUGUGCGGCUCCCCGUGAAUAUCGACGACGAUGUUAAAGACCCCGAAAGAAUUCGGCCGCUUCAGCAGAUUCAGGAUUCUCCCGAAGUCAGUACCGAUUUCAUCUCGAUUACGACGCUUUCUUCUUUUAUCCAUAUAUGUCAUCUUCGGCGGCUGGAGAGCAAGAUCCAUCACCAGCUCUAUGCUGCCGAUUUGGGAAUUUGUUUCGCAGAUGGAUCACACGAUCACGUUAUCGACAACCUGAAGGCCGAAUUGGAUGUGUGGCAGGAGCGCAUUCCCGAUUACAACGCGGCCAAGAACUUGGAUCCAUAUGACUACUCCAUCUACCACACGCCGGAAUUUUUCAAGAUUCAACAUAGCAAAGCGCUGGGUUGGAUUCUGCUCGCAACGCAUUCCAUUUUCACAGCAGGAUUGACCCUGUUGUAUUGUCUCUGGGCGAACAGAGAGAAUGUCAACGUCUACUUAACCCUCUUUGACGACAUUCGAUCGUGUUCCACUGUGCUCUUCGUUGUUGCGGAACGUUGGCCAACGGUGCGAAGGUUCCGCGAUGUCUUCAAGGUGCUGGCAAGGAAAAUGUUCCAAAUUGUUUCGCAUAAUCAUGCUCGACAAACUGGACCUGCGCCUACCGCGAUCGAUUCCGAAGAAUAA